AUGCUGCUCCUUUAUUCUUUCCUUCUCCUGGCUCUGUCAGGGGCUCCGGCCACCGCAGCACGCCUCGGCAACAUUGUGGAGCCACCUUUGCCCCCGCCGCUUGCGAUCGAGGAUAUCGAGGGUUUCGUCCCUAUCCAACUUACCAAGCGUAAGAUCAGCACCGGGUUCUUCGACCAGUACAUUGACCACAGCAACCCUUCAUUGGGCACGUUCCGGCAGAAGUUUUGGUGGAAUGAUCAGUUCUACAAGGGUCCAGGCUCUCCUGUGAUCCUCUUUAACCCAGGAGAGUCAAGGGCCGAUCAUUAUACUGGCUACCUGACGAACCAAACGAUUCCCGGAAUGUAUGCGCAGGCUGUCGGUGGCGCCGUCGUCAUGCUCGAGCACCGCUACUGGGGAGAAUCGUCACCUUUUGCAAACCUCAGCACCAAGAACAUGCAAUAUCUGACCCUCAACAACUCCAUCUCCGACACCACCCGCUUCGCCCGCCAGGUGACGCUGCCUUUUGACGGUAGCGGGGCAACCAACGCCCCCAAGGCGCCGUGGGUCUUUGUUGGCGGGUCCUAUCCUGGUGCACUUGCUGGAUGGGUAGAUAGCGUCGCUCCUGGGACCUUUUGGGCCUACCAUGCAUCAAGCGCCGUGGUCGAGGCUAUUGAUGAUUACUGGCGGUACUUUACUGAAAUCAUUGAAGGCAUGCCCAAGAACUGCAGCUCUGACGUCUCGCUGGUCGUUGAGCACAUCGACAAAGUACUCAAGACUGGAUCAGACAGCGACAAGUCUGCCCUGCAGACAGCUUUUGGUCUUGGGUUCCUCAAGCAAGAUGACUUUGCUAGUACACUGAUGAACGGCCCAUACCUGUGGCAGAGUGUUGAUUUCACCACCGGCUACUCGGACUUUUAUAAGUUCUGUGACUAUGUUGAGAAUGUACCACCGAACGCAACGACAAGAGUACCUCCAGGACCCGAUGGAGUUGGAGUUGAGAAGGCUUUGACUGGUUACCAAAAUUGGGUUAAAAAGGAAUACCUCCCAACCGCCUGCGACAGCGUGGGAUUCCCCAAGGGUGACCUGGGAUGCCUGGACACGUAUAACGUCUCAAACCCCAUCUUGCACAAUUAUACCGUGUUAAACGGGGCGAACCGGCAGUGGUUUUGGCUUACCUGCAACGAACCUCUCAAGUUUUGGCAAAUCGGUUCUCCCGAGGGUGAAAAGACGAUUGUUUCGCGUCUCGUAAACAGUCAGUACUUUGAGCGGCAGUGCAAAUUGUGGUUCCCCGACGAGCCGCGUGAAGAUGGUGGCGUGUACACAUACGGGAUCGCCCUCGGCAAGGACGUCGCCGAUGUCAACAAAUACACUGGUGGAUGGAAUCACACCAACACGACUCGACUUCUUUGGGUCAACGGUCAGUAUGAUCCAUGGCUACAUGCUACGGUGUCGGCACCCUCCCGCCCCGGAGGUCCUCUUCAGUCGACUGAGAAGGCGCCUGUUCUGGUCGUCCCCGGUGGAGUACACUGCAGCGACUUGAUAAUACGCAACGGGGAUGUCAACGAAGGUGUGCGGCAGGUCCAGAGUCAGGCACGCGAUAUUAUGAAGAAAUGGGUGUCUGAGUUUCCCAAGGGUGGAAAUAGUGCCUGA